CCCGUCUUGCUCUCUCAAUAAACCUUGCUGCCUACUACUGUUCAUGUCCCAAUUUACUCUUCCCGUCCGAUCACUGGAAAUCUGAUUUUAUUUUAUUUUUUUAAAUCCUUUUUCGAAUUCCGAUCAUUAAAAAACCUAAUAUUCUUCUCGCUUCGACGACGAUCACUCUACGCUGUUGUAUGUUGCAUAAUUUAUGGAACCUUUUAUGGAUGAAACAUCACCAUUACGGGGAGUUAAAUAACACUUGCAUGAAUCUGGAUCCUUAUAAGCUUAUGGUACUUUUCCCCUACAGAAGCACUGUAUGUACAUACAUACAUAAGGAGCAUCUGUUGUAGCUUGUGCUGUCACUUCAGAAUUUAAAUUUGGCCAUCAUGUGCAGUAGUUCUAUGAGUUUGUCAAGUAGUGCUUUGUUUUCUGUAUCUCUAACUCAGAGUGCUUGGAGAAAUUAAUGCAAUGGCGGCAAAUAGCAAAUUUGAUCCAUCUUCUGGUAAUCCUGAUAGGCCAUCUUACCCUAGCGCACCUCGUGGAAUGUACACUGGUGCUUCUUUGGACAGGUCGGGCAGCUUCCGUGAAGGCAUGGAUAAUCGAAUCCUUUCAGCAUUACCUAGCAUGUCAAGAAGUAGUUCUUCAGCAAGUCAAGGGGAUGUGAUGAAUUUUUUCCAUGGUUUGCCUUUCAACACAAAAUUGAUGGCACCAGACAAUAGAAUCCCUAGACAAGGAGAAGUUAAAAAAGUCAUAGCUUCUGCUCUUGGUGUUUCAUCAGAUGAUUAUCCAUCUGUAUCUUUAAAUGGCAAGCCAUUGCCUGCCUCCUCACUGGAGGUGCUCAAACGGGUGAGAGCUAAUAUCAGUGAGAGUUCCAACAAGGCUAGGGAACGAUCAAAAACCUUGGAUGAAUGUAUAUCCAAAUUUGAUAAGUGCUUCCCAAGCAUCUCAAUGAAGAAGCGAUCUCGUGUAGAUGUCUCAUUGGGUGACCGAUCCACUAUGUCAUCACCUGGUGAUCGGGCAAUUCUUGGUGUAAAUAUAGCUAAAUUGGGGACGCAGAGUCAUGCAAUGUCAAGUAGUUUUGAUCUUGAUCCGCAGAAGCUAGAAGAAAGAAGUCAAAGAACCAAAACUGCCUUACCCAACAAACGAAUCCGGACCUCUAUGGUCGAUGUACGGACUAAUGGCCUUGCCAGGCCUCUUGUGGCCAUGGAUAGGGAUAAAGAAACAUAUCGACUUGCAAAUAAUGGUGCGGUGCAGUCUGAAGAAAAAGACCGAACAUUAUCUAUUGGUGUUGAUGGUUGGGACAAGUCAAAGACAAGAAAGAAACGCUCUGGGAUAAAGUCGGAUGUUUCUAUGAAUACGGUGUUGACAAGAAACAUUGAUGGAGAUCGGGAAUCCAAACGGACCAUGCAGCAAAGGCUUGUUACUGAUGCACGACCAAAGCUGAGUAAUGUCCAUGGUUUCAGGUGUGAAUCCUUACAAUGCAUGGCUCAUGCAUUUACGCUCAAUGGCCACGUUGGUUUUCAGCAUCAUAGAAUUUAUUAG